AUGUGCUAUCUAUUGUUUUUCGAUUAUUAUUUCCGUUAUUUUUCACCUACGGUUUCACACUUCCACCGCUUUCACUUUCUCUCUCUCUCUCUCUCUCUCUCUCUCUCUCUCUCUCUUCUUUAUCUCCUUUGCUCUCUCUCCCAGUUUCUUCUUUCAUUUUUCUCUGUUUCUUUUUCGCCUUCUCCAAAUUUUGCCACUUCUUCUAUUUUGAUACUUUCUUAUCAUUUUUCCCAUCCUCUCUUUUAUUUUUGUGAUUCUUUUUACAGUUUAUUUUUUAAUUUAACCUCACAAUAUUUCCAUCUCCCGAUUUCCCUCUUCCUCUACCUAUCUUUUCUCCCGCUCUUGUCUUUCCCUCUUCCCUCAUUCCCAUCAAAUCAUCAGACCCUUCUUCCUCCCACUUUUCAUCAUCCUCUCAUUAGGAGACACUCUCACCCACUGCAUGACAUGCAACCAACUGAUUUACCAACACUUCAAAAGUCCCUUCGACACACUCCAUCUUCCUUUGCCCAUGUGAAUGCAUUUCUUGCAUCCAAAUUUGACUCGUUUUCUUUCCUUCUCGUACGCAUCAAAUCUGUUUUCUCAUCAGUACUCACCAUAAAUUAUAUUUUUUCUUUCUUUCACGUUUAUGUCGUCCUUUUAUCUGCUCUUCACUUUUUCAUUGCCAGCCAUCCCCUUUGCCUCUUUGCUUCUUUUAUUUACUCGCCGUUCUCUACUUUGCUGCUCGUUUUCGCGCUUUCUGCCUUUGCACAAACGACAUGGAAUGCUCAUUCGUCGUCAAUCGCUCAUUCCAACCGAUUCUGUUGA